AUGGCCUAUGACCGCUACGUUGCCAUCUGCAAGCCCCUGCACUACGGGAGCCUCCUGGACAGCAGAGCUUGUGCCCAGAUGGCAGCAGCUGCCUGGGGCAGUGGCUUUCUCAAUGCUGUCCUGCACACGGCCAACACAUUUUCCCUGCCCCUCUGCCACGGCAAUGCUGUGGACCAGUUCUUCUGUGAAAUCCCCCAGAUCCUCAAGCUCUCCUGCUCACAUGCCUACCUCAGGGAAGUUGGGGCACUUGUGUUUAGUUUUUCUUCAGCCUUUGGUUGUUUUGUUUUCAUUGUGGUGUCCUAUGUGGAGAUCUUCAGGGCAGUGCUGAGGAUGCCCUCUGAGCAGGGCCGGCACAAAGCCUUUUCCACGUGCCUCCCUCACCUGGCUGUGGUCUCUCUGUUUGUCAGUACUGCCAUGUUUGCCUACCUGAAGCCUCCCUCCAUCUCUUCCCCAUAUCUGGACUUGGUGGUAGCAUUUCUAUACUCGGUGGUGCCUCCAGUAUUGAAUCCUCUCAUCUACAGUAUGAGGAACCAGGAGCUCAAGGAAGCCCUGUGGAGAUUGAUGACUUAA